GAUAUGAAAAUUGAGAUGUCCGAAACAACGGAUAAAUAUUUAUUAUCGUCGAGAUCUAUGUUGCAAGGAUCGAGGAUUUGUCAAGAACACGAUCAGCAACAGGAUGAUGAUGAUGAACAUUGUCCAAAUGAAAAUGAUCACGAUUACGAAUCCUUGGAAUAUGAAGAAGACGCUUAUUAUUCGAAUUCUACGACAACACCAAGUUUCGAUGAUAUCGAUGAAUUAUGCGAUGAUGCCGAUGAGAUCUUUGUUCAUUGUUGGCGUGAUUCGAAUGGAGAAAUCGAUGAAAUCGUAGUGGACGAUGUCAAUUUCACGAUUGAACCGGAACUCCUUAAACCUGAGGAAGUCGGGAAAUCGGGUUUACGUGGAUUUCGAAAGAAAAGAUCGGUCAGAGUGAUAUUUCAAGAUUUUUCUAAACCGUAUCUUGCGAAGAUCAUCAACAGUCAGAAUUAUAAGAAGUUAUUAGAAUUGGUGAAAGGAGAGGAUGCCUCUCUUCACCCAGCUGGUUCUCUUUCUCCAUCGGCUGACAAUGCAGCGAACGAGUUGCAAGGACUCACUUUAGAGGAACAAGAAAAUCAGAAAGCUAUUUGGAACGCGGAACUUGCUAAGAUCGAGGAAGAAAUAAAUACACUCAGGCAUGUAUUGGCGAGCAAGGUGAGGGUUUCUCAAGAAUUAAAGAGAAAAUUGGGCAUCAGCGUUUGGAAAGAACUCACCGAUGACGUGAAUCAGGGCCUGAAGAACGUUAAGGAGAGUCAAGUUUAUCAGAACGUUGGAGAGAAACUCGGUCAGUUCAGCAAGGCGAUUACCGACAACAGUUUAUUCCAAAAGACCGAGUCGGUCUUUAAAAGUACAGCCGAGAAAACAACGAGCAUUCUUGGUGGUUUUGGCAGUGGCAUUUCUAUGAAAUUAGGACAGAUGCGUAAUUCAGAUAGUUUCCGUUCUUUGGAAGAAAGAGUUGGAUCUGCUUAUGAAAAUGUUAAGACAAAAGUUGUGCCUUCAAGAUCCAAUUCGACGCAGAGCUUCGAUGAUGCAUUACGAGAAGCAGAAGCAACGAGACGUGCAUCAGCAGCACCAUCAGCAACCAGUCCGACCAUUCCCGAGGACAAACUUCUCUCUUAGAGUUGACUUUGAAUUCUUUAAUGGUCACCUGUCUCUCCUAUUCCGCGCUACACACGCCAACGAUUUAUAUGAUAUCGAUCGUAAAUUCUUUUAUGAUCGAAGACUAUCUCUAUCUCGCCCUAUGCGCUCUAUCACUUAAUUAAUUAAUCGUCCAUUGCAUUUUUAUAAUAAUCGGGAGCUAAUCCACCGAAUCAAGUGUACGGUUGGAGAGAACUUAUAUUAUUAUUAUUAUUAUUAUUAUUAUUAUUAUUA